GGAAGUAUUUUGUGGCUCAUACGCUGUCGUGGCGGUUUUGAAUUCGGUUGACGUUUUAGGAAUAAAAAAUGAGGAUUUCCAGUGAGUUUAUUUUUAUUUUCUUUAAAUAUCGUUAUAAGAAAAACAAAAUUUCUUUAAGGAAAAGUAUUUUUUUGGGCUUAUUUUUAAAUUUAUGAUUUUAGACUUAGCUGCCUUUUGAGGUGUUAAUUUCGAUUUUCUUUAUAAAACAUCACAUACUAUUAUUUUUUAUUACAGUUUCAUUCCUACUGCUGGUGGUCGUGAUGCUGGUUACAAUGACGUCAGCGUUCACAAUAGAAUCACAUAAGUGUGCAAACUGCUUCCGUCAGAAGUAUGAGCCAGUCUGCGGCGAAAGACGAGGGACCUUCUGGAAUAUGUGCGAAUUGAAAUGCAAAAAUGUAACGUUUAAGCACACUGGAGAAUGCAAAAACGAAGAUCUACUUGAGAACGAAAGCAAUGAUUACAUAUUUAAAUAAUCGGUUAUCAGUUUCGUUACAACCAUAUUGCAGUACAUUGACAACUCUUUUGUUCGAUACACAUUCAAAAAGAAUCUGGUGUUAACGGGUGCACAGCGGUUAUUGGCGAAAUUGUAAUGGAGAAGCCUUAAGGAAAAGAAUGGAAAAAUAUUUAUAUAAUAUAAUAAAUAAGUAGUCUAGGAAAUCGAGAUUGUUUUAUUUCAAUAGAAAUAUAUUUAUUUAUAAUAUGUGUUUUCUUAUAAUAUAGAAAUAUAUUAUAAGAAAACACAUUUUUAAGAUAAUAAAUAUUACAGUUGUUCGGUGGUCCUAAAAUGUAAUAAACUAAAUAUAUUUUUAAAGCAUAAAUCUAGUUUAAACGAAAUCUAUCCUCUAUAAUAAAGAACUAGCUGUUUGCCCGCCAUUUCAAUUGA